GUUUCUUCACCCUUUCUGCAAAGACUGAAAUAGAUUGGAAUUGUUUGAUAGUUUUCCCAAUUAUCAAUUACAGCCUUUCAAGUUCAUCUUUUGUAAAUAACUUAUCAAUUACAUGCUACCAAUAUCCUGUGUACUCUACAAGUACACUUGGGUUCCUUCACAUGUUACAAGCAUAGAAUCCAUCUGAAACAAAGCCUUCAACAGAACAGCCAUGGUGAGCCUUAAGAUGACAACUAAAUAUGGUGCAAUGGCGUCAGCCGUCUUUGCCAGUAUCUUUGUUGCAGGGGUUUAUUUUGUUCGUGAACGUUCUCGGAGAAAGGAAGAGGCGCCCCCAAAACUCAUGAGGUCUGUGUCCAUGGCCGUCCUCCAUGGAGGGAAGCUGGCCUUGAAGAGAUUGCUAGAUUAUCAUGGAGCUCGAGCAGACAAAUGUGCACUGAAUUUAGCUGAAUGUGAGUUGAAGACUCAACUUUUUAGUGAGAAACGCCCUGAUUACAAGAAGCUGCAGUUGAUUGUUGCAAAGCUUGAGAUGAGUGGAAAAGAAGCCGAGACAGUCGAGAUAUUAGAGAAAGCAAGAAUAAAGGCGAAAAAGGAACAAAAAUGGCAUGAAGCAUAUGAAACUGAGAUGUUUCUAGUGGAAAUGCUUAUAUACAAGGGUGAUUACGAGAAGGCGCUCAAAUGUGAUUGCUUGAGUCAUGAAGAGAUCUCAGAUGCAAGGCGACCACUCUACAAGGCCAUCAUUUACAUUAUGUCAUCGUCAAAGCAGCCUGCAAUAGAUCAGUGGGAAAAAUUUAUCCAGCUGAAUCAAGCAUUCCACUGUGAACCCAGUUUGGAGAAAGAGAGCUUGGAAGAAGCUCAACUCCAUAACCUCAUUUCGGACUUUAAAGAGUUUGAGAAGGUCGUCAAAGUACUCAAAGAUGAUAUAACGGAGGCGCAAGCCAAGCAGAGAAAGUAAAAAGAACCAAAUUGAAGAAUGUUAGAAUGAGAUGGAGUCAACUAAGACUGGAAUUGCAUGUAAUCAAAAUAAGUUUAUUCCAUGUACAUUUUAGGAAUAAAUGUUCAUGUUUCUUUGGAAAUUUUGUAUUUUCCUUUUCUUAAACCUAACAUUAAUGGAAUAAUGUAAGACAAUACUUCGUUUCUUUC